ACCAUUACAGGCGCGCGCACUCGUCUGACAACAAAGCCAGACAUCAGAGCCAGUUUUACUGUGAGUCAGUCAGUCAGCUGAUUGUUAUGGAGGGGAGACUGGAGAAAUAUGAGAAUUGUGCCAGAAGAAUUCAGUCAUACUGGAGAUCGUUCAGGGACAGACGGCUCUUCAGACUCCUGAUCUAUACUCUACGCUCGGCUGAACAGUGUCCGGCUUCAUCAGUUCUGCUUCAGCUCAGUCCCAGAGAAGCUGAGCUCCUGAAAGACCCCUGUCUGAAGUGCAAGCUACGAUUCAGGUUUGCAGGUCCUCGAUUUCCUCCUUCUGUUGUGUUCAAGAUCGUCCACAUGGGAGGAGGACGACAGCAUCUGUGCGGACACAACCUCUUCACUCUCUUCAACCAGGCCACAGCAGACUCCUGCAGAAUGAUGGGAAAUCGAGUAUUUAUGGAUCUGAUUUCAGUGAACGAGAUCCACAAAGCCGCUGUUGAGCCACAGGAUGUGAUGUGCAUGAGAGACUAUAUGCAGUACUCCAGCCAUCUGGAUGAGCUUCCGGCACGUCUCGGUGGCAGAGAGAACGGCUGGCGCUUCAUGACUCUGAAGGUGCUGUCCCGGGACGUUCCUCUCAGGCGUAGAGAGAGCGGGUUCAGUGCGGGCGGACUCAGAGCGGUCCUGCCGUCCAGACCCGGGUGUGCCGGACAGGAGCUCUCGCACAGAGGUUUUCUGGCCUCGACACGCCGCUCCGCUCGUGCUCAGAUCACUGCGGAUCGCAAGAGACGCCUCUACGGCCUGACCGACACACACAGAGUGUUACAUGAACAUAUGGACCGCAUUAAUAACCAUGACUUGAAGAAACAGAACGGGAACACUGAGAAAUGGGGCAUCAAGAUAGUUCUGCCGUUAGUUGAGACCGAAGAUGAUGUAAACUCAUCAGAGUCUGAAUGGGAGGAAGAGGCUGAGAAACUGUGCAACUGGUCAAAGCAACUGGAUAUAGAGGAUGUCCAGACACCCGAGCUCAUUUAGUAGACUUUAGUAGAUGCCUUGAUUUAAGUAUACACUACAAACUUUUAGUGCAUUAUUCUGGGAAAUUUGAAUUGGCAAUUAAUUAUGAGACUUGCUAUUUGCAGUUAAUGGCUUCAUUUGACAUGAUAACACUCGUAUUUGAACAUUUGGGCUAUUUUGUUUGAUUUCACCUUCAUACUUCAUGCAUAUUAUUCACCCUCGAAAGACAUCCAUCCCAGAAACAGAUAGAGGUGUACUACAGUAACAUUUUUGUAUGCAACAAACCAAUUAGUCUUAAUAGUCUUACAUUUAAAACAAUACCUAAUUUUUCACUAAAUAUGUGUUGAAAACUAAAAAAACAACAUUUUGAUUAAGGAUUAGAGAAAAGAACGAUGAAACACCAGGGAUAUUUCAUAAUAAAUGGCCUGUUUUUCAGUUUUGAUAUUGAUGAAUUAACUUUAAUCUUAAAAUUAACUAAACUUCUGAGACAAAGAAAAAAAGUUUUUUGAAUUUAGUAUUUUUUCAUGCAUAACAUUGUUUAGAAUAGCAUAAGAAACAAAUGGAAGAAAAUAAAACAUUUAAAAAUAUAUAUAUAUUGUAUUCAUAUGUUGUGCAAUGUUCACUGUAGUGGACACCUGGAAAAACAACAAGAUUUUUACAAUUGGGAACGAUCAAUUUUAACCUAGCUUCGAAGAAAGAUGAUUCUCAACUAUGUUAUGAAAGAUAUAAUGGAAUGAAUUAAUAUAUAAUUUUACUUUACUUUUAAAUGGACUGCAUUUAUUUUUUUUACUGCAAUAUUAUAAUGAUUUUUUUUACUGCUAUAUGUGUAUAAAAUGGCCAUAAAUGGGUACCAUUCAAUACAAUACUGUAUCUAAUCUGCAUUUUAAUGUUCUCGGGGCAACUUGUAAUGAAAAAACAAAAACAAAAUAAUAAGUGUAAUAAUGGGAGUAAUAUUUGGCAACAUUUUCAUAAUAAUAUCUAAUAUUUUAUAGGAAUAUUGAUAUACAAUUUUCACUUUCACCAUUCACUUUUGUAUCCCAAAAUGCCUAAUAAACACGAUCAGAGUCCUAAUGCCUUCUACAGUGGA